UCAAUUCUGCAAGUAGUUCUGAUUUACUAUCGCUGUUCUCUAGCUGGUCUAAAACCGCUUUUGACCUAAAGGGACGUUUUUUUGGACACCAUGGACAUUUCUAAGUUUCCAUUCAGAAAGAACAGUAAAAAUGCAGGCAGGGCACAGGACAAAGCACUAGGGGCAAAAUGUAUGUGAAAUGGUUUGAUACAUGAAUGUCACUUUUUGUCAUUUUCAAAUUUCCCGCCGUUCCGUCCCCGUACGUCCCGAAGCUCGCAGGGGACAGAACCCAGAAGACAGAUGCCGGCAUCCACUGGAUUACAUUGCCGGGGACAUUGUAGGAGGGACA